AUGCUUACCAUACGACAGCUAAAUCCAACUAUAACUGAUAUCCAUGAACUCCGUAAAAGUGGGGACUAUGUAGGAUGCAUUCGUGGUUCCUACGUCGAGAGAAUAUUGGAACAACUCAAUUUCGACGGAUCGAAGAUCAAGACCUAUAAUACCUAUGAUGGAUUUUACAGUGCACUCUCAAAGGGAAGCAAAAAUGGUGGAAUUGCUGCGUUCAUUCAUGAAGUCCCAUACAUCAGAUUAUUUCUUGCAAGGAACUGCAAAGGGUACACUAUGGUUCCAUUUUAUAAAGCAGCGGGUUUUGGAUAUGUAAGUAACAAACUUUCAUCUGUCUGUUUGCACUAUGUCUCUGAAGCUGACAGUCAUUAA